AUGGAAUUACUCAAAAAAAGGUUUGCUCCAAAGACAGAUGAAACAGUUGAUACCUAUUUGAAUUUGAUUUAUAGAGAAGUUGAAAGUGAAGAGAAUGAAAGUGAUGAAUCUGAUAAUGAUAUUCCUACUGCUGGCAUUCAUAAACAAUGGCAAUAUGCACACAGGCAGUUUAGCCAAAGGAUGGCCUCUCGUGGUCAAAAAUAUUUGCCUUCUGUUGCUACUGAUGGUUUACUUUGUAAAGUUCAAGCUGCUAUUUAUCUUUCAUUAGAUGAAUUAUGGGCAGUUCCAACGAAUAUUGCUUUAGUUGCUAUGUUCCUUGAUCCAAGGUUCAAACAUUUCAAUUGGGCAACAAGUGUUGAGCGAAAUAGAGCACAGGAUUUGGUAAAGACCCUGUAUAAUAAAUUAAAAAUAAACCUUACUAUUCCAGAUGACAAUGAAGAGAAUUUGGUGGAAAGUAAUUAUAAUGAUGACAAUGUUGAUUUUUUUUAUGAAUUAGAAUCAAAUUCUACACAAGUUGAUAUAGAAGAUGAUGAUGAAGUAACGUGCUAUGUAAAGUUAAAAGAAAUCAAACUUAUUGAUGAUUUUCUAGAAUGGUGGUUAAAAAAUAGAAGUAGCUUGCCUGUUUUAGCCCAAUUGGCUCACAAAUAUCUUUCUAUUCUGGCAACUUCCGUGCCGAGCGAAAGAUUGUUUUCUGAUGCCAGCAACCAUAUCUCAGCAAAACGAACUCAUUUGUCACCAGAUUUAGUGAAUAAGGUUUUGUUUUUGAAAUGCAAUAGAGUUCAUUUUGAUAUAUUUUUACCACAAGAAUAA